UCCUGCAGCCGCACCGCCAACAUGAAUGACACGGUCACCAUCCGCACCAGGAAGUUCAUGACCAACCGGCUGCUGCAGCGCAAGCAGAUGGUCAUCGAUGUCCUUCACCCCUGGAAGGCCAUGGUACCCAAGACAGAGAUCCGAGAGAAGCUGGCCAAGAUGUACAAGAUCAUGCCAGAUGUCAUCUUCGUGUUUGGCUUCCGGACCCAUUUUGGCGGCGGCAAGACGACGGGCUUUGGCAUGAUUUACGAUUAUUUGGAUCACGCCAAGAAGAACGAGCCCAAACACAGACUGGCACGGCAUGGCCUGUAUGAGAAGAAAAAGACCUCACGCAAACAGAGAAAGGAACGCAAGAACAGAAUGAAGAAAGUCAGGGGGACCGCCAAGGCCAAUGUUGGUGCUGGCAAAAAGAAGGAGUAAAGAUUCUGCAGAGGCUAUCUGGUGAUUGUGCAGAUU